AUGGCUACAACGAUCGAUCGUGAAAAGGAAUGCCCUUUCUUGUUGCGUAUCUUUACACGAGUGGGUGGUCAUCACGCAAAUCAUGAGUAUACCAUUGACUCUGUGCCAUCAACAGACGAGUUGCAACUUUACACUUGGAUGAAUGCCACUUUGGAGGAACUAGCACAGUUGAUUCAAGAAGUAGUACCUGACGCACAACAUCCUGAUGCUCGUGUAGCAUUUCGACUGAUAUACCUUGACAGCCAACGAGCCACGUAUCGAUCGAGAGACAUUGGACGUGUUGUGAACGCCAAAGCCAACAAUGAUCAACAAAAGACCCUUGACGACUGCCGAUUCUUUAUUGGCGAUUAUUUGGAUGUCGCUAUCUACAUUGGUCCUCCAAAACAUGUAUCACGACGAGGCAGCGAUUGGGGUGCUAGAGAAGGUGGUGGUCCCAUGCGAAAUCGAUUAGGCGGUGGUGGUGAUCGUAGCGGUGGUGGUCGUUUUGGAAGAGAUCGUGGAUCGUUCCGUAGAGAUGACAGGCCUUUUGGAAGACGAGAUCGUUUCUAA